AGUGCUGGGUGGCUGGCGGCCGCCGGGAUCUCUGUGCCGCGAAGCCCAGCGCGGCAUCGUGGCCGCGGAAGGGCGCUCGCCGCUGACCUCGCCGUCCCGGUUCCGCAGAUGUGCUAGCAGACAGCUGGUGGACCUCACCUGGGCAGCCAGGCCCUUUCUAACCUCCUGCCUUGUAAAACUUCCAGCACUUGUUGCGGCGAGCCGUUUUGAGUCCUUGUGGGUCUCAGACGUGUUUAACUUUUCACCUGUCCGCUGCCUUCUUUAAAGUUUCCCAAGCUCUGUCACAGAGCAUCGCCCCAUCUCGCCUGUUGUGUUCCCUCUCAGCCUCGGGCUUUCACCUCUUGUCAUCUUUCAGGCUUUUCCCUUUUUCCUCCCCCCUUUUUAGACCUGCGGAAAUCCAGUCAAGGGAGAGAGAGGUGGAGGGAACCAGUCGCUUUGUGCUGAAGGAAAACGUAGCUCAGCUGCAAAAGCUUCCAUCUGCUGGAGCACUGCGCCGGCUCAUCCCUCAGGGGCUCUGCUUGCAAGAGGACUCAACACCAGAAAGAUUUUAGAUACCUGAAACAUCACAACAGCUUCUGUGUGGUUUUAAGGAUUAAAGAGGUUUGGAGGUUGCUAUGUUCAUGCUGCUUGUCUUUGGAGCUUUGCUUCCUGAGGUCCCCCUGAGUGGCCAAGACGAGGUUCCUCCCCAGGCUGAUGGCAUUCUGGGCGCCCCUCUGUUCAACUAUGCCAGCCUGCGCCUGCCAGAAGAGCAUAUUCCCUUCUUUUUGCACAGUAAUAGGCAUAUUGCCACGGUCUGUAGGAAGGACUUGCAUUGUCCUUAUAAGAAACACUUAGAAAAUUUAAAGUACUGCUGGGGUUAUGAGAAAUCCUGCAGACCGGAGUUCAGGUUUGGUUACCCUGUUUGCACCUACGUGGAUAUGGGAUGGACGGACACUCUCGAAUCAGCCCAGGAAAUAUUCUGGAAGCAAGCAGACUUUGGAUACGCCGGAGAGCGUCUGGAGGAACUCCAUGUACUCUGCCAGCCAAAGGAAACGGUUGACUCAAGUCUGGUGUGUUCUCGUUACCUUCAGUACUGCAGAGCGACCAAUAUCUACCUUGAUUUAAGAAACAUCAAGAGAAACCACGACAGAUUUAGGGAAGAUUUUUUCCAGAGUGGGGAAAUUGGAGGACACUGUAAACUUGACAUUCAUACAUUGAUGUCUCAAGGUCAGCGCAAAAGCCCACUGCAGUCUUGGUUUGCUGAGCUACAAAGCUAUACUCAGCUCAACUUCAGACCUAUAGAAGAUGCUAAAUGUGACAUUGUUGUUGAAAAACCAACCUACUUCAUGAAAUUAGAUGCAGGUGUUAACAUGUAUCACCACUUCUGUGACUUCAUCAAUCUUUAUCUUACUCAGCACAUUAAUAAUUCCUUCAGCACAGAUGUGUACGUUGUGAUGUGGGACACGAGUUCCUACGGAUACGGUGACCUGUUCUCCGUCACAUGGGAAGCAUUUACUGAUUAUAAUGUUAUACAUUUGAAAAAUUAUGAUUCCAAAAGGGUAUGUUUUAAAGAAGCUAUUUUUUCCUUACUCCCUCGGAUGAGAUACGGGCUAUUCUAUAAUACCCCUCUGAUAUCUGGCUGUCAAAAUACCGGAUUAUUCAGGGCAUUUUCCCAGCAUGUACUGUACAGACUGAACAUCACACAAGAGGGUCCCAAGGAUGGAAAAAUUCGAGUCACCAUUCUUGCACGGAGCACAGAAUACCGGAAAAUACUCAACCAAAACGAGCUUGUAAAUGCACUGAAAACGGUAUCUACAUUUGAGGUCCAGAUUGUCGAUUACAAGUAUAAGGAACUUGGGUUUUUAGAUCAGCUAAGAAUCACGCAUAACACGGACAUAUUUAUUGGAAUGCAUGGAGCUGGUCUUACCCAUUUACUUUUCCUUCCAGACUGGGCUGCUGUAUUUGAACUAUACAACUGUGGAGAUGAACGCUGUUACUUGGACCUGGCCAGGCUGAGAGGCGUCUACUACAUCACUUGGCAAAGGCAGAGCAAAGUCUUUCCUCAAGAUAAGGGCCACCACCCAACUCUGGGGGAACACCCGAAGUUUACCAACUACUCUUUUGAUGUAGAGGAAUUUAUGUACCUUGUCCUUCAGGCUGCAGACCAUGUACUGCAACAUCCGAAGUGGCCAUUUAAGAAAAAACAUGAUGAGUUAUAAAUAUGUUGAGUCUUUUUGCCAAAAGGGAGUGUUUAAAUGGCCCCCUAUCCAGACUCACCUCGCAGUUACAUAGGUAAAACAGCCUGUUAUCUCCUAGCCCAAAAUUACCUUUUUUAAAAAAUACCAAAACAUGCCUUCAGGGUAUUACUUAUGUAUUUUAUAGUCUUUAACGGUUUCCUGUGAUUGUUGUGUCAUUGCUAUUUAUCGAGUACUUUUUUUGCACUGGAAACUUUACUUUUUAUAGUUCAGAAAUUGGGCCUGGUGUAAUUAAGCCUUUUUCUUAGGGAUACCAAAGUUUGCAACUUUCUUAGCUUUAGAAUUUGUAAAUGUUUUUAUAGAAUACCGUGAGAUUGUCAUUCUAGAGGCUUCCAACUUGUUAAUGAUAUAUUUGAGUAAAUUCAUGACUCAUUUAUUUGCCA